AUGAAUCAAGAUAUGUUUAGCAGUGAACUUGAAAGUGGUAAAUUUCUUGGUAGCAUAGAUUUGCUUGAAAAUGCUUAUAAUGCACUUUUGAAGACUAGUCCGUUAGCUUAUAAGCUUCACACAAUUCUGUGUGGUAAACAAGUUUUGGCUUUCAACUCUUCCCUUGAUGAUAUAACACGAUUUCAUCACGGAGAGUUUAAUUUGGUUUCAUCAGAAAACCAUAAACUCGUUGAAUUUAUUUCCACAAAAGUGAACCCGAAAUUCUGCAUUAACAAAGCUGCUGUUGACUUGUUUGGACAUCUUUCAAUCAGUCAAAAGCAAAUAACUGAGCUUAUAAAGAAGCCGUUGGUUGUCACUGGACAGUCUGUUGGGGGAUAUGUCUCCAUUCUUUUCACGUUAUGGUUGCAUCAUGUCAUAGAUAAGAAUGAAUCAAAUGAUUCUUAUAAAACAAAAAGACCAAUUUGCAUAACUUUUGGUUCGCCACUUGUUGGUGAUGAAGCUCUUCAACAGGCGAUCUAUGAACGCCCAAAGUGGAAUUCCAGUUUUCUAAAUGUGGUUUCAAAAACCGAUCCUGUUCCUUGCUUGUUCUCAUCGAGUGGGGAGUACAAGCCUUUUGGAACCUAUCAAUUUUGCACACAAGUGGGAGGAUACACUAGUUUUAAAGAUGAUGAUUCAAUCUUGGCAGUACUAGAGGACAUGAAUUCCACGUUGUCUACUGGGAACUUUCAGGCACACGAUUAUAAGAGCGAAUUAAUUUUGAUCCAAGAAAAGGUAUUGUACCGUGGGGUUUCAGAUAUCGGUGAAUUCGGGUUCAAUUCGUUGAAGGCAGGAAUCACAUUGCAGCUGAUGGAGGUUGGUUUGGUGGAUACGCAAAGUAAUAACAGGAAUGUUUUGAUUGAGAAAAUUGAGGCGAAACAAGCAAGGAUUAUACAUAAGAGAAGGAAUGUUUAUGAGCCUAAAAGGAAGCUAAAUGAUAUGAAGAUAAGUAUGGUAUGUAUGGAAAGAUACAAGAAGAGCAGUAAACCGACAAUGGGUUACUAUGAUAGCUACAAGAACCCAAGAAGCAAAGAUGAAAUCGAGAGACAGCAAGUUAUCUUGAUGCAUCAACGUAAGCUAAAUCAGUACUGGAAGAAUCUUGUUGAAGAAAAGGAACGAAUGCCUCAAGAAGAAGAUGCUAAUUCGCAUAACAGUUGGCUGACUUGGCUUUAUGGUGGAAUGAACUAUAGAAGGUUAGUCGAGCCACUAGACAUAGCUGAAUACUAUAAAAAGGGCAAUGCAAACUACAUAGAGAAUAGAUCUAACCAUUAUAAACUUUUAGAAAAGUGGUCAAAUAAAGAGAAGGAAGCUUUGAGUCCAACUGCUCGUACAAACAAGGCUGCUAGUCUUACCGAGGAUUCUUGCUUCUGGGCACAUGUAGAGGAAGCGUUAAUAUCAUUGAGAAAGCUGAAGAACGGAAGUUCAAUCAGCAUUGAAGUUGACAUCAAGGAAUUAGAGCUUUUUGAGGCCUAUGUCAUGCGUGGGAUUCAAAAUUACUCGGUGUCAUCAGAUAUAUUCUUGGAGGAAAGCAGUUUGAUGAAAUGGUGGAGUGAGUACAAGGAAUACAAAGGAACUUCAUACGUUUCUCAAUUUUCUUUGUACAUGAACAACAGAGACUACAAAUCGUAUCGUUAAGUCCAAUUGUUCAUGUAUGAAUUAGGCAAGUAAAAAGUGGAUUUGUUUUUUUUUUUUCGAUUUGUCUUUUUGAUUUUUCUUAUUAUU